CACAGCAGUAGGUAAGUCGGAGUAACCGCCGGCUAACCUGCCGGCAGUAUAUUCUUCUACGGUAAGGGUUUCUAUGAUUCGAUACACUGUUCGAAGUGCCUGGUUUCAUAUCCAUUUGUGGACGACAGGCUAGAACCCAAGCCGCCGGGCGAGAUACUGUUGGUUGAGAUACUGUCGCAUGCGAUCCAUUGAUUGAGCCUCUAGAGCUACUGCGCUUACCGCUAACAGGGUUGAACAGGACACUGGCUGACGACCGUUCACAUCUUCGGAUAAGAUGGAUAUAUGCGCAAGAUCAGGCAAUCGUAGAUGCAGCCUGGUCACAUUGUUCAGGUCUCUUGGUCGAAGGUACGCAUAAUUCUGAUAUUCUUUGCUGUCCGCAUCUUAAUAUUCAGUUUCGCUGUCCGUUCUUUCCGAUAUUUGCAUGUCUUUUGAGUAAAAGAAAGAUAAAUACAGCUGGUCUGUUGUCAUGUCGCAAAAGCCUCUCCCAACUGUUCCAUUCCAAGACAACGAGAAGACGAAUCUUGCCGCGAUAUCGGCUUACUAUAAACCGCACUUGCAAUCACGGACCGAAGUACAACGACCCUCCAACAUAUUGCACUGGAAUAACCAAAAACAAUCUGCUGCCCCUAAGGCUGCGAUACCAUUACGAAUAGAGCGGACGAGAAAAUCUUCACCGAGAACAAAACAUCAGCAGUCCAACGAUUACACAGAGACUUCGAAAGUUCGAUUUCUUCCUUCCGCUUCUAAUCCACCAAAAUUUGCAACUUGUGUGCGAGUGGCAAAACCAAGAAGCCUACUUUUCGACUACCCUAUAAAUCAUGGCUUUGAUGCAAGAUUUACGCGUCGGCAGUCUAACGAGCACUUGGGGCUUGCUAUCACCCAUAUAGAUACCAGCACGCAAAGAGCUGGAACACCAUCUCAAGAACAAACAAGAGGAAGCACGUCGCAACCAUUCCCCCCGAGCUAUGGUUCUCCGCCGAGUUCCACAGAUAAACUAUCAAAGCCCUAUCUGGGACCUCGACUGGCUCCCUUGGACCCUAAACUGCGAAGGAAGCUACCGACGCUAGUGCAACUAUCGGAAUCCAAGCCAACCACCGAGACAAAGGCAGCAUGGAGGUUGGUUCCAUCGACAAACCGGCCCGAGAAGCCCAAGAAGAGUUGGAACCUCAUCUUCACACGGUGGGUGACCGAGUGGUGGCUUUGGGAAAUCCUAUGUUUGUGUGCCAGUGCAUUUUGUAUGGGAGCCAUCAUCACCACAUUAGCGUGCUACGACGGGGAACCUAUACCUGAGUUCAAAUUUGGGAUCACAUUGAACGCCUUUAUUUCAGUCCUUGCUAGGAUUUCUUCCGCCUCUCUUCUUUUCCCAACAUCAGAAGCACUCGGCCAGUUGAAAUGGAAUUGGUUUCGGAGUGAUUUGAAAAGAAUGAUCGAUUUCGAAAUGUUUGAUUGGGCGAGUAGAGGAAUGUUGGGCUCUUUGGCUCUUCUCAUACGAGUCAGAUUCAGAUCAUUAGCAUCAUUAGGUGCUGGCUUGAUGCUUUUGUCACUCGCUAUUGAGCCUUCAUUUCAACAAAUCGUUGUUUACCCGGAAGUGCCUGUCCGCAAAGGCCAAGGACUUCUCCCUCGCAGUGUUAACUACCUUCCAAAACCCGACAGACUCACCUUCAGAUCUGGUGGCGAUGGCCUCAGCUCCAACGUCCUAAUGGAAUCGGUCGUCAUGCCUUAUCUGGAAGGAAAUGGCACCGCAGGGGACAUCCGCCCGUCUUGUCCCACCAAUAAUUGCACCUGGGCGAAUUACGAUUCACUCGCUGUAUGCGGUUCCUGUAAGCCAGUGUCGGAGUUUCUGACAUUUUCAUGCUUACCUUCCCGGCUCGAUUGGAUCACGAUCCAUGGGGUAUUGUCCCCAGAGACGGUUCGGAACGGCACAGCUUGCGGAUAUUUCAUGAAUGCCACCUCACUAAAUCCGAUACUGAUGUCCGGAUACAUGCUAAAUCCCGACGGCUCUCCUGGGCUCAGCCUAGGUAUGCGUAUGCUGCCUACAUGGGACAUGACUACUCUGCAUACUUUAUACGGGGGCUCACUCAUGUUUCCCACGAUCCAAAACGCCAUUGCCGACUUCUUCAUUACCAAUGUACCAGGCGAUCCUGCUAACGUAUAUGCGAACAUCACUCCAGUGGCUAAUGAGUGUAUACUCAGUUGGUGCGUCAAGACGUUUUCAUCGACCUACAUUGAUGGGCGUUAUGAAGAGCGUGUCGUGGAUAUAUUUUACAAUUCGACACCCCGCGAAUUUCCGUACAAACCAUUCAAGAACGACACUGUGUUGGAUUAUAUCCAGGAUAUUGACAUUCGCCCGCCCGGUCGAAACAUCACGUUUUCAUUAAAUAACGAGACAGCUUACAUCACAAACAAACUUUUCUGGAUGCAUCUGCCUGGCAUUAUUGUCGCUCGGAAUUCCACCUCAAAUUAUCGGUGGCUUAGAAACCUCUUUAGUUCCAUGCCGUUCAAUCGAUCGAUGCCAAUUAACCCUUGGCACUCCUACAACGUUUCCGAUCAUGUGGAUAAGCUUGCCCAGGCAAUGACGGCUGUCGUACGAUUGGAUCCCGACAGUUCUGAAACGAUUGCUGGGGAAUCUUGGGGAAACGAGACAAUAGUCGAAAUCAGAUGGGCUUGGGUCACGCCUCCUGCACUGUUGCUCAUGUCUGGUCUCCUCUUCUUAAUCGCAACAGUGAUCCGGAGUUCUAAAGAGGAGGCAGAAAUUGGUAUUUGGAAAACAUCUGCACUGGCGAUUCUCCUUCAUGGCCUUGACGAAGAAGCUCGAAAUAAAAUGGGCUCUUCUUGGAAAAUGGGCGAUGCAUUUGCGAAAGCUGCUAAGACAAAUGUAAAGCUGCGACCGAAUAAGGAGGACUGGAGACUGUCAGGGAAGGAACUUGACAGCAACACAACGAUGCUGCUCAGAUCCCCGAAUCCAGGGUUCUCAUCCUCUCGUCCUGAGAUUCAUCCAAAUUUCGGAAUAAAGGUUACUGAGGAGAGGUAGAAAGUCGCUACCCACUUUCUUUUCCAAAUGUUGAAGGGAUGUUACGACAAAGGAGGUGACGAUUGAUUGGCUAAGCCAAGAUCCGUCCCUGAAAGCGACCAAGUCUCAGAACCCGUCAUUUAAGACCUGUGAACCAAUUUCCUCUGCCUCUGUAUCCUUGUCUUGAUUGGUU